AUGCUCUCGAAGUGGUUUUGGAGAUACAAAAAUGAACCCGAUGCUCUUUGGAGGAAGGUUAUAGAUGCGCUUCAUGUUUCUAAUAGAAGCUGGAAUUCUGUUCCAGUUAAAGCCUCUCUAUCGGGGGUUCGGAAAACAAUUGUCGGGGUGGUGGAUAAGUUCAAGGUGGAGGAAAGAAGGUUACCAAAUUUAUUCAAAGGAGUUUGUGGCAACGGAGACAAUAUUCGUUUUUGGCUUGAUAAUUGGAUCAGUGAUGUUUGUUUGAAAGAUUUAUUUCCUUCUAUAUUCAAGAUGGAAAAAAAUAAAAAGUACGUGCAAGGGUGGUACUCGAUGCCUUUGAAUGGCGAUAUGAUAAAUGAAUGGAUUAGUUUUCGUAAUUUGGUGGAUGUUGUUCGACUAUCUGAUGAUACUGAUAAAUGCGUUUGGCUUAGCGAUUCCAAUGAGAGAUUCUCGGUGAAAAGUGCAAAAGAUUUUGUUAGAAGCAAGACGAGCGUUAAUGGGAGAUUCGUGUUUAAAUGGGCAAAAGGGGUGCCAAAAGAGUGUAAUAUAUUUAUGUGGCGGACUUCUCUUAAUAGGAUACCUACUUAUAAAGCUCUCCAGGUACCUAAUUGUAAUUUUGGCUCUACGUUGUGUGGAUUAUGCAACUCAUGGGACGAAACCAUUGAACACAUAUUGUGCCACUGCCAUGUUGCUGCAUCCAUUUGGGAUCACAUUAGUAUGUGGUGUAAGGUGGAUUCGAUAUUUGUUUCUUCAGUCAAGGAUAUUAUCGAGUUGUCUAGCAAAGUUAAUCUUGAUAAGAAGUCGAGGAAGGUUUUCAAGUGUAUCGUGUUCGUAACGCGUUGGUGCCUUUGGAAGGCAAGGAACGAGAAGGUCUUUGACAAUGCAACGAUUACUAUUGAAUAUUGA